AAGGAAGUAAACGAAGAAGACGAUGAAGAAAGGUGGAUUUAGCAAUAAUCUCAAGCUCGCAAUUCCUGUUGCUGGCGAGCAAUCCAUCACCAAAUUCCUGACGCAGAGUGGUACGUUUAAGGAUGGAGAUCUACGAGUUAACAAAGAUGGAGUUCGAAUUAUCUCUCAAUCGGAGCCUGAAGUCCUGUCUCCAAUUAAGCCAGCUGAUGAUCAGCUGAGUUUGUCGGAUUUGGAUAUGGUUAAAGUCAUUGGCAAAGGAAGCAGUGGUGUUGUUCAGUUGGUUCAACACAAAUGGACUGGUCAAUUUUUCGCCUUGAAGGUCAUUCAACUAAAUAUCGAUGAAGCAAUUCGCAAGGCAAUUGCACAAGAGCUCAAAAUAAAUCAAUCCUCACAGUGUCCAAAUCUUGUUACCUCAUACCAAUCAUUUUAUGACAAUGGUGCAAUCUCACUAAUCUUGGAGUAUAUGGACGGAGGAUCUCUAGCAGACUUUCUCAAGUCAGUUAAAGCCAUCCCUGACUCCUAUCUUUCUGCCAUCUUUAGACAAGUGCUUCAAGGAUUGAUCUAUCUUCAUCACGAUAGGCAUAUUAUCCAUCGUGACUUGAAACCAUCCAAUCUGUUGAUCAACCACAGAGGAGAAGUCAAAAUAACUGACUUUGGUGUGAGUACCGUUAUGACAAACACCGCAGGUUUAGCAAACACAUUUGUGGGGACUUACAAUUAUAUGUCUCCAGAACGAAUCGUUGGAAACAAGUACGGUAACAAAAGUGAUAUAUGGAGCUUGGGUUUAGUAGUACUCGAAUGUGCAACAGGAAAGUUCCCUUAUGCACCUCCAAAUCAAGAGGAAACAUGGACCAGUGUUUUCGAGUUGAUGGAAGCCAUUGUUGACCAACCGCCACCCGCUCUUCCUUCAGGAAAUUUCUCCCCUGAGUUAUCUUCAUUCAUCUCCACAUGUUUGCAAAAGGAUCCAAACAGUCGAAGCUCUGCAAAGGAACUAAUGGAACAUCCUUUCUUGAACAAAUACGACUACUCGGGGAUCAAUCUCGCGUCCUACUUCACAGAUGCAGGAUCGCCACUUGCAACACUUGGGAAUCUGUCCAGUUUGUCUAAAAGCUUUACGAUUAUGAAUCGGCGCUACGAGAAGCCACCGCCAUUAUCAGUUUCCUCCAAGGGGAAGAAGAAGCAUUUUGUCAAUCACACAGCUCCCAACACUCCUGGAAAUUACGAGAGGACUCAAACUAGUCCAACAUUGUCUACGACUCGAUCGCACGAACCCGAUGAUAAGCUCAAUUACGAGAUCUUCUCAAUUCUCGAAAGCAAGUUUCUCUUCGGUUACGAAGACCCAAGGCUACUAUGGAUUCCUCGGAGUCCAUUACGACCCGGUGAUUCUGAAGCAGGUCUUUUGGCGGGAAAAUCCCUAAUCUAUUUAGAGCAAAUGCUGAAAGAGAAAUCCGGCGAUCCAAACGCUCGAAUCGCCGAUUACUUCGACGUCGCUGCCGGAUCAGGAGUCGGCGGAGUAUUCGCGGCGAUGAUAUUCGCGACUAGAGACGGUAACCGCCCGAUUUUCAAGGCGGAAGACACUUGGAAAUUCCUCGUCGAAAACGCCGAAGGAUUCUACAGAUCAGGCGGCGGAAGUGGAGGAGGAGGAGCAGGAGCAGCGAUUAAGCGGGUCAUAAGAUCUGGAUCCGGAUCCGGAUCAUCUUCGGUAACCGCCGCAACGGCAAAGCUAGAAAAAGCAAUGAAAGCAUCAUUUGCCGAUCUAACGCUUAAAGACACACUCAAACCAAUCCUCAUCUCUUGCUACGAUCUCUCAAGUACGGCGCCGUUUCUAUUCUCACGCGCCGACGCUUUAGAAAGCGACAGUUUCGAUUUCCGUCUCCGAGAUAUUUGCCGUGCCACGUGGGCGGAGCCGGGGACGUUUGAUCCGGUUCGCACGUGUUCCGUUGACGGGAAAACGCGGUGCGUUGCGGUGGGAGGUGGAUUAGCGAUGAGUAAUCCGACGGCGGCGGCGAUAACGCACGUGUUCCAUAACAAACAGGAGUUUCCGGCGGUGAAAGGAGUGGAGGAUUUGUUGGUGUUGUCGCUUGGAACUGGUCAGCUUUUUGAAGUGAAUUAUGAUUAUGAGCAGGUUAAGAAUUGGCGCGUUAAGGAAUGGGCUCGGCCCAUGGCGAGGAUUUCUGGUGAUGGAUCUGCUGAGUUUGUUGAUCAAGCUGUUGCUAUGGGCUUUGGGCCUUAUCGGAAGUACAGGCAACGGAUCGCGAUUAGGAGCUUGUGGACCGAACGUGACACAGAUCCAAGAGCAGAGAAUGUGAAGAAACUGACGGAGAUAGCUGAUGAGAUGUUGAAGCAAAACAAUGUGGAGUCGGUUUUGUUCGGAAGCAAAAGGAUCGGAGAAAUGAGCAAUUCAGAGAAACUAGAGUGGUUUGCGAGUGAGCUUGUCAUUGAGCAGCAGCGACGAAGUGUUAGAGCGUCUCCAACCGUAACGCUAAAGCAAGCUGUGUCCAAAACCAACCGCAAACGCUAUAAACGCUACUCUCACUCUCAUAUCUAAAGAAAGAUGAAAACAUCUUUAAAGAAAGCUUGGUUUUGGUGCUUCCUAUUGGUCUUUUCAUAUAUUUUUGUUUCGACGUUGAGAUUGAUUUGAAAGGGAGAAGAAUUAUAGUGCAAUUCAAAUAUACAAGUCAUUAUUUU